GAGAACAAGGCCAUCGUUCGCCGUAUCGACCUCUGCGUCCUGCCCCUCUUCUUGAUCACGCAGACCCUCCAGUACCUCGACAAGACGGCGCUGAACUAUGCCAAGGUGUUCGGCAUGGACAAGGCGAUGGGCCUCACGGGCAACCAGUUCAGCUGGGCCGCCUCGAUCUUCUACGUCGGCUAUCUCGUCGCACAGGAGCCGGCGGCUUACCUCAUCGGUCGCUACAAGGCCAACCACGUCCUCGGCAUCACCUGCGUCCUCUGGGGCGUCUGCGUCAUCUCGAUGAUUGGCUGCACCAACUUCACGACGGCCAUGGUCAACCGCUUCUUCCUCGGCUUCUUCGAGGCCGCCGUCACGCCCGGUCUCUCCCUCAUGACCGGCUUCUACUACACGCGCCAGGAGUCGCCGCUUCGUCAGACGAUCUGGUACUCGUCGGUUGGCUGGGGCGGCAUGAUCGGUUCGCUCAUGGCGGCCGGCAUCGAAAAGGCCAACGCUUCGAGCCUUGCCGUUCCCAAGUGGGAGCUCAUCUUUAUCGUCCUCGGCGCCAUCACCAUCGCCUGGGGCGCGGUCCUCUACUUCUUCCUCGCCGACGGUCCCUCGAACGCCUUCUGGCUCAAGCCCGAGCAGCGCACGCUCGCCGUCGGUCGCGUCGCCGCCAACGGUGUCGGUAUCAAGAGCAAGAAGUUCAAGCGCGAGCAGAUGUGGGAGGCGCUUCUCGACCCCAAGGCGUGGUGCCUCACGAUCGCCAUGUUCGGCUCGAGCGUCCCCAACGGCAUCCUCACCAACUUCAGCGGCACCAUCAUCAAGGACAUGGGCUUCUCGACCUUCGACGCCGCCCUCCUCGACUGCGCCGGUCGUUCCUUCCAGAUUAUCUCGCUCAUCAUCGCGGGCCUCGUCGCAAACUACGUCAAGAACACGCGAAUGCUCAUGGUCACCGUGGGGAACGUGAUCUGCGUCAUCGCGACCGCAUUGCUCUCGUUCCUCCCCACUUCGAACCACUGGGGCCGCCUCAUCGCCUUUUGGUUCGUCAACGUCCAGUCGAUUGGCUUCACCCUCGGCCUCGUCAUGAUCUCUUCAAACCUAGGCGGCUACACCAAACGUUCCAUCACCUCGGCGAUGGUCUUUGCGGCGUACUGCGCCGGAAACAUGGCUGGCCCUCAGUUCAUCUACGCCAACGAGAAGCCUCGCUACCAGUCGGGCGCCUACGCCAUGAUGGCCGGCUACAUCGCCAAGCUCGUCGCCCACCUCGCUCUCUGGGCCAUCAUGUACCUGUCGAACAAGUCGCGCGACCGCAAGUUCGGCCCGGCCGACCCCAAGCUCGCCGCCGCCGCCGGCAUGGAGGACAAGACCGAGUCGGUCAAGUCGAACCCGUGCGUCGCUCUUCCUCCCUCUCUCUCUCUCCCUCGUCCACCGAGUCUUCCUCCUGACACGCCCUCACGCCUCGCAGGAACUUCCGCUACGUCCUCUGAGCGCCGAGCGCUCCUGUUCCCCUUCCUCUUCCUUCAUUCGGCUCGUCUUUGUUCGUCGUCCCCUGGUUGUCUCUGUCUGUGCCCUUGGCCGUGUAGAAGUCCCCAUAUCGAGACAGUCUGCAACUCCUGUCGUUUCGUCAUCAUCGCGCAAAAAGAGAGAGCUCGAGCGAGAGUUUGGCUGUUUGAGAAGGUCGACUUUUCGGCGAGCGUUCUCGCACUGCUGAAGCUUUCGCGAUGCCUCGGCCUGUCGACUCGACGCUCAACACAGUCGUCAGAGUGCCCGGCAGCAAGUUUUGCGACCCCUCGGCGAGCCUGGGUCUGCCGGCGCUCGAUCUUGCGCCCGCACGAGCCUUUCGCAAGGUGA